AUGUUAAAGAUAAGUGCUUCAAGAAGUUUAGGUAGUGGGAGUGUCUUCAGCAGAAGGUUUUUGCACGGGACCAGAGUCGUCAAUGCCGGACAUAGUAAAUGGGCUAACAUCAAGCAUACAAAGGCCAAAAACGACGCUGAAAGAACCAAGAUAUACAAUAAGAUUGCUAAUCAGAUUUCUGUCGCCGUGAAACUGGGUGGAUCUGCGGAUCCUGCUAUGAAUAUCAGACUUGCAACUGCCAUUGAAUUGGCUAAUAAGAACAAUGUGACGAAGAAAGUCAUUGAAAAUGCGAUCAAAAAGGGUUCAGGUACCAAUGAUGGCGCAAGCGCUGGUGCAGAGCCAUGUACAUACGAGGGAAUAGGUCCAGCUGGGGUUGCAUUUGUCGUUGAAGCACUUACGGACAACAAGAACAGAACCGUGGGAUUAAUCAGAUCUACAUUCAAUAAAUUCAAUGGAAACAUGACACCGACCUUAUACUUCUUUGAAAGGAAAGGGUACGUUGUCAUUGAACCUAAAGAAGAUCAACCCAGAGAUUUCGACUCAGUGAUGGACAUAGUGUUGGAAAUAGAUGGAGUGGAAGAUUUAGAACAGGAUACUCCAAACAGCGAAGAUACUACUGGGGAAAGCGAACCACUAUCAUCGCAAGAUGAGAAUUCAAGCGGUAAUGAUGCUAGCGCACUAUUCGAAGUUAUCACAGAGGCUCAACAGACUAACAAAGUGGCUGAAACGUUGAGGAAUCAAGGGUUCCAUAUCAGAGAAAUGGGAGUGGAGUAUGUUCCUCGUGAAGAGACAGCGAUGAGUCCCGUCACUGACACUGAAUUACAUGCAAAGCUAGAGAAAUUCAUCAAUCAAUUAGAAGAAAUCGACGAUGUUACGCAGAUCUAUUCCAACAUCAAAGAAUAA